AUGGAGACAUUUAGAGGAGGAGGAAGAGGAGGAAGAGGAGGAAUGGUGGGAUUGAUGAUCCAACAAGUGAUGGCGUUAAUGAGGAAAAACUUAUGGAUAGCAAUUAGAAAUAAGCGUUCUACAUUGCUUCAAUUCAUUGCACCUUUCAUCUUCCUCUUUUUUCUUUUCGCCGUCAUCAAAUCUAGCCGGAUUUCUUAUGAUUCGCCGGAUUUGCGAGAUCCACCGCCGGUAAUCUCACCGUCCAUUCCUCCAUGUGAGAUCAAGUUUCACAUCCGACGGCCUUGCUUCGAUUUUGUGUGGAGUGGCAAUUCUAGCCGUACGGCCAACCUCAUUGUGUCACGUAUCAUGGCUAAUAAUCCUGGACGCCCUAUUCCCCCUUCCAAGGUUCAAUCAUUUAGAACACCUGGGGAGGUAGAUGACUGGCUUUUUAGCAAUCCAUUACGCUGUCCAGGAGCUCUGCAUAUGCUACAAAAAGGUCCUACUGUUCUGAGCUAUGGAUUACAAGUUAACUCUACAAAUACUGCAAAGAGGGGCACGUUUGAACAUCCCAUUUCAAAGUUUCAAAUCCCACUUCAAAUUGCUACUGAGCGUGAACUUGCUAGAUCACUUCUGGCAGAUCAAAAUUUUAGCUGGGCGGCAGGAGUGAAGGGAUUCCCAUAUCAUGCAGCUACUGAUGCAGGUGCUUCCUCUACGGAUGACUAUGCAAUCCUUGCACCAUUGUUUCUGUUCACAGUUGCUAUGUUUCCUUUUGUGUUUCAACUAAACUCUAUUGUCCUAGAGAAGGAACUAAAACUACGACAGGUCAUGAAUAUAAUGGGGUUGUAUGAUUCAGCUUAUUGGCUGUCAUGGAUUCUUUGGGAGAGCUUCAUUAUACUCAUCGCAUCGCUUUGCACUGUCCUCUCCGGGUUGAUGUUUCAGUUCCCAUUUUUCCUGUACAACAGUUUUGGAGUUUUGCUCUUCAUUUUUGUCCUGUUUCAGUUGAAUAUGACCAGUUUUGCAUUUAUGCUUUCCGCUUUUCUUCACAAGUCAUCUUCUGCCUUUCGAGCUGGAUUCUGGAUUUUUCUGAUUGGAGUCAUCUUACAGUUUGUAGCUCAAGGGGUUGAUCCCUCCAAGAAAACUAACAUCCUAUAUUUUCUUCCACCAAGUCUGUUAACUCGUGCACUUCUUAUGCUCAUCAAAGCGACUGAGUCGCAUAACAGUAAGGGGAUUAGUUGGGGUCAACGAACCAAAUGCCCUACUAAUCAGUCGGACUGUUUCUUGACAAUGAAUGAUAUUUACAUGCGGCUCAUAUAUACUUCUUUGUGCUGGUUUCUUUUGGCCUUAUACUUCGAUAAUGUAAUUCCGAGCUCAAAUGGUACUAGGAAAUCACUUCUAUACUUUGUGAACCCGAGCUACUGGUUAGGAUCAGGGGGAAACGAGCCUUUAGGUCGUAUAUCUGACUGCUGCAACUCAGAUCCUACACUUGAAAAUAUUGUUCCCGAUGACACAGAUGUGCUCGAGGAAGAAAAUGAAGUGAAGCAACAAAUGAGAUCUCGUCAAAUCGAUCCUAAUAUUGCUGUUCAGAUUCAGGGUCUUGUAAAGAUUUAUCCUGGAAAACUGAACUUAAGCUGCUGUAAAUUUCACAAGACUGAACCUUUCCAUUCAAUCAAGGGUUUAUAUGUAAAUUUGGCCAAGGAUCAACUAUUCUGUCUCUUGGGACCAAAUGGAGCUGGAAAGACGACUACAAUCAAUUGCUUAACCGGCAUAGCCUCCGUAACAGCAGGAGACGCAAUUAUCCAUGGAAAUUCCAUCAGAAAUUCCAUUGGAAUGUCGAAUAUUCGAAAAAUGAUUGGCGUCUGUCCCCAGUUUGAUGUUCUUUGGAAUACAUUAACUGGUGAAGAACAUCUUCAGCUAUUUGCAACAAUUAAAGGCCUACCACCUGCAUCAAUCAAAGAGGUUGUUAAGAAAGCACUCGAGGAGGUUGGAUUGGCAUAUUCGGCUAAAGUGAGAGCAGGUAGUUACAGUGGAGGCAUGAGGCGUCGCCUUAGUGUUGCAUCUGCACUUCUUGGCGACCCCAAAUUAGUUAUUUUGGAUGAACCGACUACAGGCAUGGAUCCAAUAAGCAGGAGGCAAGUAUGGGACAUAAUAGAAAAUGCAAAGAAAGGAAGAGUGAUUAUUCUAACAACGCAUUCGAUGGAAGAAGCUGAUAUAUUAGGAGAUCGAAUAGGAAUUAUGGCGAAAGGAAGACUACGCUGUAUUGGGACUUCGAUAAGAUUGAAAUCCCGGUUUGGGACUGGUUUUAUUGCUAAUUUGAGCUUCAUAAGUGGCAGCUCAGAGCAAUAUUCAGCACAUAAGGACAUAGUAAAAGAAUUUUUCAGACAUCAUCUAGGAAUCUAUCCGAAGGAGGAGAACAACGCGUUUCUUACAUUUGUGAUUCCCCGUAACAAAGAGCCUCUUCUUAAGAGAACACUAGGAGAACUAGAAGAUAGACAACGAGAAUUUGGCGUUGCAGACAUUCAGCUUGGGUUGACAACUCUCGAAGAAGUUUUCCUGAACAUUGCAGGGCAGGCAGAGUUGGAAACUGCUGAAGCUGAUGGCCGAUUGGAGAUUCUUACUCUAACAUCUGGAACAUCAGUUCAGGUACCUGUAGGAGCUAGGUAUGUGGCUAUACCAGGGUCAGAGACAGCCGAGAACGCCCAAGGUGUUAUGAUCGAGAUACAUUGGGAACAGAAUGAUUCAGGUGAACUCUGCAUUUCAGGAUAUUCAACUGAUAGACCUGUUCCACCACAUGUGCAGCCAAGCUUCCCUGUUGCUCAGCCACAGUCCUUAGGGCGACCCAAAGGAAUUGUCGGAAGGGUGAUUGAUCCUACCCAACUCGCGGAAUCUAGCUUGCCAUGAUAGGCUUUGUGCUAAUAGUGUCAUAUUAGUGAAUGAGAGUGUACUUAAUAGUGAAUAAACGAUAGCAUUUUAGAUUGCGUACAAAAUGUUUAAACUAAAUCGAUUAGUCCAUUCAAGUCAUCGGUUGAGUUUUAAAUAAGGUGUUUUU